CACAAACCCAGAAAAGUCGGCUGUUUCUUUUUUUAUGAUAUCGGUUGAGAACAGCACAUACGGAUUUUAAAAACAAAGUCAAAAAGUUAAAGGUUAAGUUUUUAAAACAUAUACUUGAAUGCUAUAUUUAUAUAUAGACCAUAUAUUUAACGAUGUCUAAGGAGUUUCGUCAUCUGUUGUUUCUGGUCGGACCCAAUAAGUCGUUGCACUGGUGUGGUGUAAUAGCAGGGUGAAUAUCAGGACUGAGAGUUGAGUUGCGUUUGCACAGGAUACAGAAACAUGCUGCUGUUCUGCCCAACAUGUGGGAAUGUGCUGGUGGUGGAAGAGGGUCAACGAUGCUACAGAUUCGCCUGCAACACCUGUCCUUACGUACACAACAUUACAAGAAAGGUCAACAACAGAAAGUAUCCCAAACUGAAAGAGGUGGAUGAUGUUCUUGGAGGCUCUGCUGCCUGGGAAAACGUGGAUUCCACUGCAGAACCCUGUCCGAAGUGUGAGCACCCGAGGGCGUAUUUCAUGCAAAUACAGACCAGAUCUGCUGAUGAGCCCAUGACUACGUUCUACAAGUGCUGCAGCCAGCAGUGUGGUCAUCGGUGGAGAGACUGAUCAGAUGUUGAUCCCCAUAGACCUUCUCAGCUCUCGCCCUGUAUUACCCCGUAUUCCUCACGUGCACUUUUCCACCCUCCUGAAGGAUGCGCAGGAUUCCAGGAUCCGGUUUGGGAAACCUGCGCUAUAUAGACUGAUCAACUCCGUUUCCACACGGCUGUCUCUCCACACUUUAUUAAGGUGAAGGAAGCUGUUGGACAGGAAGAUAUGGAUUUCUUUCGAUUUAUCUACGUGCUUAUUAUUUUUAUUUUUGAAAAGAUACACGACAUGAUCGGCUUUUCCUUCUGAAUCGAAAACUGCCUUAAUAAAAAAGUCUCAGCGACACGAUCGCUCUCAGAA